CUGGGCUAACCUUAAAAUAUUAGCUGUCACUUCACUUGGCUUGGCAUUUUGGUUUUAUUAUACCAUGAAUUUUAUGAUUAUUUAUCUAUCAUACAGAGCACAGACUAAUAUUUUAUAAUAAUAGAUCUAUAAUAGAUACUACGUUGAUACAAUGCCAAAAUGCAGUAUUCUGGAAAUAUGGUUUAGGAAUCUUUGUAUUUGGUAAUUAAGUUCUUCUUUCUAAAAUUAAGUGAGCACUCAGUGCUUGUAAGUUUCUAUUUACAAUUAAUUGAGUCAAUAAAUGAACGCUGUGUUAGGUUAUGGUGUUUUAUCUAGUUGCCAUACUGUAUUCUGAUUUCAGAUAUUGGUUUUUGUUACCUAGAAAUGGCCAGUGAAGAACAUAAACAGUUAGCGCAUUUUUUGAAGAAUGUUCACUUAUGUUUGAGGAAAGCGUCAACAAAGGAAGGAGCAGAAGAAGCCUGGCGCCAGCAUUGUGAAAAUAAAGAUGUUCUAAAACAUUAUGCACAGUGUAUGGAGAAACUAGCAACAACUCACUGGACAGCGAGCACUACACGCGAGCAUAGCUCUGUGACUUCUCGUAUCACAUGGGCGGCUGAGUUCUGUUAUGAUUAUUUUAUAAAUAAAGGAUAUAUAUCUCACAGACAGAAAGAUAUAGAGAUAUCUGAGAAAAUAAACAUUACAUGUGAUGUAGAUGAGUGCCAUUCACAACCGAUAAAAUUAAUUGAUGUUGGAAGUUGCUACAAUCCUUUUCAAUGUUAUGACUUUUUUGAUGUGACUGCCAUAGAUUUAUACCCUGCUAAUAAUUCUGUAUUACAAUGUGAUUUUCUUAAAGUUCUUACUGGACAUAAUACAAAGAUUUCAGAUAUGAAGGUAGAUCAAAUUCAAGAAAAGUAUUUUGAUGUAGUGACAUUCUGUUUUCUUUUGGAAUAUAUACCUACAUCAGAAUUGAGAAUUAAAGCUUGUGAAAAAGCUUAUAAUAUUGUGAAGUAUGGUGGGUUACUAAUUAUAAAUACCCCUGAUUCAAAACAUGUUGGAGCAAAUUCAAAAAUAAUGAAAUGUUGGCAGUACACUUUAGCAAAUAUAGGUUUUACAAGGAUAAAGUAUGAGAAAUUUAAACAUAUGCACUGUAUGGCAUUUAGGAAAGCUUCAUGUAAAGAUAUAGCACAGAGAUGGGCAUCAUUGCACAGAAAACCAUACAUGCAGUAUGCAUUACAUAUUCCACAAGAUUUUAAUGAUAAUACUGAAGAAACAAUAUAUUCGCAGGAAAUCAAAAUAGAAGUGGAAGAUUUUAUGGAAUUACCAUUCCAUGAGUAAAGGGAUUCCAUGAAUUAUGUGUCUUGAUAUAAUAGGGUUCAAUUCUGGAAUCAUUCUGGAAUCAAUCAAAUCACAUAGUCUUGAAAUAGAUUUGGUUAGGUACCAAAAUAAAUCCUGUUAUGCAUUUUUUAGACUUUAUAAAAUAAUUAAUUUACAUAAUAAAAAGCAAUUUU